GCUUAUCCUAACCUCAAAAUUCUCGCAAAAGUUGACGCAAGUUGAUGCAAUAACUUCGUGGGUGUUUUUUGGUGUCUUUACCAAAUAUAAAAUGAAACAUUCAUGUUUGUUAAUUUCGUAACGUGACAACUCAUCGAGAUGAGUUCCGUGAAGACUAUUAUUGGCCGUCAUUCCAGGUUCCAGCAUGAUAAAAACAUUCCGAAUUGUUAAAUGCUUGACGCUGCAGCUCGAUGGCAAAGCUCGACACCUGGACGCUGUGACACCGAUACGCGUUGUUCGUGUAUAAUAUAAUAUAAGAUGUAAGAUGGGACCGCAUCGUGUGCCGUAAUAAUGCGCCUAAAAUUCGUCAGGGCGCUUCUGAUCCUCGCGCUGUUAGGCAAUCUCAUCGUCUGGCAUAGGAUAUGGCGGCUAUCCAUGGAGCAAAACAUGGGCUUGCUGACGCCGAGCGUCAUGACAAACGAACACUCACAGAAGCACCAACAGUGUCUGGGCCAUUUGGUCACCAUUGUCAUCAGACAAUUCGAGAACUUCGAAAACGAUGUGGCGUCCAUGGUGGAGUCAGUUUUGAAUUCCUUCCCAGGGAUACCCGUCUUGAUAGUCUGCGAUGAACUGCCUUAUCCGCCACUGGAGCUGGACUUUGCCAACGAGAGUAUGAAGAACGUCAAACUGAUCAGCUUAAAGCCUGAAUUCAGUAAGUCCUCUGAGGAAAGGAAUCCACUCUUCUAUAUACGUACCAAGUUUGUCCUAUUCUUACCUGAUGCAACAAGAUUGUCGAAUAAGCAAGUUAUACAGGAUACUAUCGCGCAAGUGUCAAAUUUAGGGAUUGUUAUUGUACCAGUGGGAAAGAUAGCCUUACAUUGUCUUGAAUUAGAUUUAAAAGUGAGAGAAUGGAAUUUGAAGAUAGCACGAGUUAUGGCAACAGAAUGUGAUAGUGUAAUAGGUAAACAUGUUACUAUGCUUGAGGCAAAAAUUUUGAGAAGAUUGUCAGAUCCAUUUUUGCUGCCUUUCACGGACGCGUUAUACAUUCAGACAACAGCUAUUGGUGCAAAGAUACAUAUAUUGAAAAACUAUCAGUUCAAUGAGGGAAAGCCAUUGUACAGAAACCAACAGGCACAAUCCAAGAUACAGCAGCUGUAUCGUACACGUGAGCGAUUGAUGUUCGAGAAAUUGGGGAUAAAAAAAGUUACAAGAGCUUCCGGUUCCGUGGAGUGGUACGGUUGUUCGCGGGAAACUCCGAGAUGUUUUGGUUCAGUAAUAAACGGUGUGCCAUCGUAUCUCUAUCAACAUCGAUACACGCCGCCUUGUUGUUUGGCCGGAUUGAGAAAAGUCACCUAUCACAUUAUUGACAAAUUGGAGGAGGUCGGUAUACGGUUCUGGUUGGAGGGCCAAUCGUUGCUGGGAGCGAUGAGGCAUGGCGAUAUUCUACCGUGGGAUCACGAAGUACAAAUCGGAUUGAACCGAGACGAUUUGGCGAGAUCGCCGUGGUUGGUCAGAGCUAAGAGCAAGCCGGUCGUUGAUAAUGACGGCUUCAUUUGGGAGAAAGCGACAGAGGGCGAGUUCUUCAAGGUACAGUACUCCAAGGUGAAUCGUUUGCACGUGAAUCUGCUGCCGUUCUACACGCGCAACGGAUCCAUGACGAAGGAUGCGUGGUUCCUAAAGAAUCGGGACUUCCCAGAGCACUUUCUUCAUCCAAUGUCUAGCAUCGAGUUCGCCGGUAGACAAGUGCCAUGUCCAAAUAAUAUUAGAGACUUCCUAGAGCUUAAAUACUUUAAGGGGGUGAUAGAGAAUCCAGAAUUACCGGGUAAAUUUGUCUUUGAUUAGUCCAUUUUAGAUUAAUUAUAUAAGAUUAUUCGCGGUAGCGUAUUGUUGCUUGAUUUUGCAGAAAUCGAUGCUUCAAAAGUCAAGCCAUGUUUAUCGCUAUCGAAUUGAUAACUAUAUUGAAACAUUACAUAUUUUAUGACAUUAGAAAUUAUCUAUGCAUGAAAACGUUAAUAUAUCUAAAUAAAAAUUACAAUUUGAUAAUAUCUUUCGUCUACAUUGAAGACUUGCGAACAUUUCUAUUGCCUUAUUCGGACUCUACUUUAGUAAGAAAUGAUGACAAAUAAUUGUUGUUAUCUUUGAACAACUCAGAAGUAAAGUAAAAAUCAUAAAUUUUUUUCUUGCAUGACCUGUUAAUAUAUUGUGCCAAAUAAAUUCAGUAUUUUUAAUUAGAUUUGUAGAUAUAAAUGUU